AUGAGUGGUGCAGUGGUGGUGAACACUACUUUGAAGAUGGCACCAUACUCUUACUGGGAAAAAGAUAGACUGCCACCUUUUCAAAACUCUCAUCUCGGUCUCUCAUCUCUCACAUAUCGGUCCUCCCUCCUCCUCCUCCAACCAGUCAGCCCGUCUCAGAUCGAUCGAUCGAUCGAUCUCUCCUCCUCCUCCGCCUGCAACCACCGUCUUUCCCGACGAGACCAGACGACUCAGCCCCUGUUCAACUCUAUUAGCUGCGGCUGGGGUUUCAGACCAGACACAAAUUUAGUGGCCCAAGAGAUGGACAAAAGGAAAGAGGGGAAGCUUGGUAAUGAAUGAAACCUGUGGACAUCAAUCCAAAUGAUGAAUGUAUAAAU